AUGGUGAUUGACGUGAACUUGGCUUAUGGGGAUCACGUCACAGUGCGUCAAAUCCUCACGUUGUACACCUACAACUGGAUUUGUCCUCGGCGAGUGGCUCGGUGUCCUGGGAAACUGCAGGGGGACCCCGGGAGCUCUGUCCUCGCCCCUGGAGGAGGCGUGUGGAGAAGACAGUUCUGUGCAGACCCGGGUGCUCCGGCCUGGCGGUCAGGCCACCCGGCUCCUGGUUGGGGCCUUUUAACCAAAUACUUUGUGACCUCAGCAGCAAUGGAAGAGUUAAUAGUUGAACUCCAUCUCUUUCUUGAACUCCUGGACCACGAGUACCUAACGUCAACCGUCAGGGAGAAAAAGGCGGUGAUUACCGACAUCCUGCUGAGGAUACAGUCAUCCAAAGGUUUUGAAGUGAAAGACCAUGUUCAGAAGCAAGAGAUCUCCCAGAUGCCUUUGCCGGAGAUCCCUCAGCCGUGGCUGCCACCCGACGGCGGGCCGCCACCUCUCCCGACGUCCUCUCUCCCGGAAGCUUAUUACGAGGAGGCCGUGCCCCUGAGCCCUGGGAAGGCUCCGGAAUACAUCACGUCGAAUUACGACUCGGACGCGAUGAGUAGCUCCUACGAGUCGUAUGACGAGGAGGAGGAGGAUGGAAAGGGCAAGAAGACGCGGCACCAGUGGCCGUCCGAGGAGGCCUCCAUGGACCUGGUGAAGGACGCCAAGAUCUGCGCCUUCUUGCUGAGGAAGAAGCGCUUCGGGCAGUGGAGCAAGCUCCUCUGUGUCAUCAAGGACACCAAGCUGCUGUGCUACAAGAGUUCCAAGGACCAGCAGCCACAGAUGGAGCUGCCGCUGCAAGGCUGCAGCGUCACGUACAUCCCGAAGGACAGCAAGAAGAAGAAGCACGAGCUGAAGAUCACCCAGCAGGGUACCGACCCGCUGGUGCUCGCGGUGCAGAGCAAGGAGCAGGCCGAGCAGUGGCUGAAGGUGAUCCGAGAGGUCUACAGUGGCUGCAGCGGCCCAGCGGAUUCAGAGGGGCCUCCGCCAUCAAGCUCCCCAGUGCACAAGAUGGAGCUGGAGAAGAAACUGUCUUCUGAGAGGCCGAGCUCCGACGGGGAGGGCGCUACCGAAAAUGGAGUCACCGUGUGUAAUGGAAAAGAACAAGUUAAGAGGAAGAAAAGUUCCAAAUCAGAGACCAAGGGAACCGUGUCUAAAGUCACUGGGAAGAAGAUCACCAAGAUCAUCGGCUUGGGGAAGAAAAAGCCCUCGACGGAUGAGCAGACCUCGUCCGCGGAGGAGGACGUCCCCACGUGCGGCUAUCUCAACGUGCUCUCCAACAGCCGCUGGCGGGAGCGCUGGUGUCGGGUCAAGGACAACAAGCUCAUUUUCCACAAGGACAGGACCGACCUCAAGACCCACAUCGUUUCCAUCCCUCUGCGCGGCUGUGACGUGAUCCCUGGGUUGGACUCCAAACACCCCCUGACCUUCCGGCUGCUUCGCAAUGGACAGGAGGUCGCGGUGCUGGAGGCGUCCUCCUCAGAGGACAUGGGCAGAUGGAUCGGAAUUUUGCUGGCUGAGACGGGCUCCUCCACAGACCCCGGGGCCCUGCACUACGACUACAUCGACGUGGAGACGUCCGCGAACGUCAUUCAGACAGCCAAGCAAACCUUCUGCUUCAUGAACAGGCGUGGCGUCUCCACUAACCCGUACCUGGGGAGCACCUCCAAUGGCUACGCCCACCCCAGCGGCACGGCGCUGCAUUACGACGACGUCCCCUGCAUUAACGGCUCGUGGGACCCUGAAGACGGCCCUCCUGCUUCCCGUGCCAGAGGCCUGGGAGAAGAGGUGCUCUAUGAUAACGCAGUCCUGUACGAUAACUUGCCGUCUCCGAAAAUCUUUGCGCGCUACCCGCCUGCUGACAGAAAGGCUUCUAGGCCGUCUGCUGACAGACUGUCCUGUAACCAUUACAAAUACCCUCCCUCCUGCACUCAGUCUGCCACUAACACCUCUUCUCUGGGGAGGGCGUCUUCUGUCGGGCUCAGCUCCCAGCUGAAGGGUAAAAAGCCCCCGGCAGCCUCCAGUGGGGUCCCGGGGAAGGGGAAGACUCCAAGCAGUCAGCAGAAACAAGCCGAUUCGGCAUCCAGCGUGAAACGCACGCCUUCAAAUGCUGACCAGUACAAAUAUGGCAAGAACCGGGUCGAAGCCGACGCCAAGCUGUUGCAGAGUAAGCAAGAGGAGCUGCUGAAGAGGAAGGAGACCCUGCGCAACAGGCUGGCCCAGCUCCGGAAGGAGAGGAAGGACUUGAGGGCCGCCAUCGAAGUGAAUGCUGGCAGGAAGCCGCAGGCGGUUCUGGAAGGCAAGCUGAAGCGGCUGGAGGAGGAGUGUAAGCAGAAGGAGGCCGAGCGCGUCAACCUGGAGCUGGAACUCACGGAGGUCAAGGAGAGCCUGAAGAAGGCCCUGGCCGGCGGGGUCACCCUGGGCCUGGCCAUCGAGCCCCGAUCAGGGACGUCGAGCCCACAGUCUCCAGUUUUUAGGCAUCGGACUCUGGAGAGCUCACCCAUGUCCAGCUGCGAGACCAGUGAUGCCGAGGGCCCGGUGCCGGUGAACAGCGCGGCCGUGCUACGGAAGAGCCAGCCUGCCGGGAGCUCCCCCUGCCGCGGGCACGUGCUGCGGAAGGCCAAGGAAUGGGAGCUGAAGAACGGGACGUAG